CUGGGCAGUGCCACAUUUUCUGUCGGUGAUCUGCUGAGGGCUAAAGAUGAGCGACUGACCUUGAGUCUUAGGUCAUCUGAUGGUGUGUGUGCAGCAGGGACAGUGGUGGUGAGUCGUCUGAAGAUGGGGGAGAUGGAGGAGGUGGAUGUGGACCACAUCACCACUGACAUUCCACCACAGAAGUGUCCCUUGGUUUGUGAUUCUGCGUCCCAUGCCUGCGUCGACAGAGAAAAUAACCCACUUACAGGACCAGUGUUCAAGAACCCGGUAUGCAAAGUGUACAGAUUUCAAACAAUGGACAGCAAGUGGAUGCUGGUGCGGGAACAAAUGGAGGAGUGCACGUUGUCCUUUAGCGUCCCCAGACAGCUGCUCUCUCUGUACAUUCACGAGGACAUGAAUAGGGUGCAGGACCUGAGGGAGCUGGGGGAGCUCUCUCCUCAUUGGGACAACCUCAGGAAGGAGGUGAUGGCCCGGUAUGGUGGAAUCAUCGGCUAUUACCAGGAGACUUUGGCUGAGCUGGACAAGAUUACUGGUCGCUCAUUCAAGCCAAGCUGCUGCAAAGCCCAGAAAUCUCUGGAGUUCAUCCCAAUAAACUUGCACACGCAGAGGAUGAGGGUGACGUGCCCCAGAAAAACAGAUGCUUUCUAUGACAUUGUCACUGUCGGUGCCCCUGCAGCCCAUUUCCAGGGCUUCAAGUGUGGGGGUCUGCAGCGUCUGCUCAGCAGAUAUGAAGCAGAGAAAAAGAGCUUCAGCACUGCCUACCAGUGUAUCUACUACUCACCAGAGCACACAGCCAAAGCUCAGGAGGUACUCAGCACGGUGAGCCUCCUCCAGCCCCUCAUCACGAGCUCAGCGGACCAGCUCCUCCAGGCGGCCCAGGAGCGCUCUUCAACUGGACUAAAGGAUGUGCUCAAGAAGCUUUCUGACAAGACAGAGCAAUUUGUUCACACACUUAAGGAUGAAUUGGUCAAGAGUGCACUGCUCGCGCUGCAUGCAGCACAGCCCGGGUACGUUUCCAAGAACCAGAAGCCCAGCCCAGCGCAGGCCGGCCAGCAUCAAGGUCACGUCCACCAGUGCGGCGAGCAGAAUCCCAGCCCGGUGCAGGGACUCCCGGGCCACAGUCCAGCCACGUCCGUCCCUGAGAGCACGGCGAUGUGUAACAAUGUGGACGGAUCACAAACCACGACAAAAGGAGAAGGUGGAACUCUGAAGCACCAGGACUCCAUCCCGCACCACAAAGAGUACGACGAGGAGGAAUGGGACAGGGUGUGGGCCAACGUGGCCAAAUGUCUGAACUGUGUCAUCGCCAUGGUGGAUAAACUUCAGGAGGAAGACAACAACAGACAGGAGCCGGUCCCUGAGCAGCAGCUGGCUGAUGUCAUCACCUCACACAACCCUGGUGACUGGAAGGAGCAGCUGUGUCCUCUGGUGACCAGGUUAAAGGACUGUGUGAUGGAGGUGGUGGAGAAGGCCAAGAGAGCCAUGACCUUCGUGCUCCUGCAGGAGGCGGCCUGCAGCAUUCCACAGGGCUUCCUCCUCCAGCAGAGGCGGGACGUGGUCUUCAGUCAGGCACUGGCAGCCUUAGCAUGUGGUUUCGUCAUGAGGCUCUAUGCAGGAAUGGAGGACAAAGGAUUCCUGAGGCAGCUUCACCUGGUCGGCCUCGUGGCUCAGUUUGAGAGUCUGCUCAGCACCUACAGUGAAGAGAUCGGGAUGCUGGAGGACAUGGAAGUGGGAAUCUCCGACCUGCAAAGAGUUGUGUUCAAGAUCACAGAGGCCAAGACAGAUGACCUCAGUGACCUCCAGCCUUUAGUGUGUGGCCGCCGAGACCACUUCACUGUCGAAGUGCCAUUACCAAGACUGGUUUUCCAGACGUUGCCAGAGGAGAUAAAGGAGGGCAAACCUCUGCACGUGUUCCCGGUGCUGUUUAACGUGGGCAUCAACGAACAGCAGACUAUAGCCGAGAGGUUUGGAGAUAUCUCCCUACAAGAGAGAAUAAACCAGAAGAACUUUGAGAUGUUAGAAGCCUAUUACAAAUCCUUGAGUGAAAAGGUGCCACUAGAAUGUCUACCAUGUUUUCAAACGCAGACCGACGUUAAGGAAUUACUUGAAACCCUGGGCCAGAAUGUAGUUACAAAGAAGAGGAAGAAUGUGGAGAUACUAUGGAUUGCUGGAUCGAUCUGCCGAAGGUUAAAUGGCAUCAGGUUCACCAGCUGUAAAAGUGCCAAAGACCGGACGUCCAUGUCUGUCACACUCGAGCAGUGCGCCCUCCUCCGGGAUGAGCACCAGCUCAGCAAGGAUUGCUUCAUCCGGGCUCUGGAUUGUAUGCGGAGGGAGGGCUGUCGUAUUGAGAACGUUCAAAAGAACAUUAAAUGCAGGAAAUAUGCCUUCAACAUGUUGCAGCUGAUGGCCUUUCCCAAGUGCUACCGACCUCCGGAGGGGACCUACGGCAAAGUGGACUCGUGAGGGGAGCACCUGCUGCGUGACUCCCAAUUUUGAAAAAUGUAUAAAUGUUUAUUCUUUGUUACCGUGGCAACCUGCUGGGUGUUUUACUUGUUUGGUUUUUGGCUUGCUGUAGCGAUUCAGGGUGGAUGUAUGUGUGUUCAGUCUCAGUACAGUGUGUUACUUGCAGAAUUAAUGCACUUUGACCUUUUCUUGCCUUUUUUAUUCUCCACGGCCUGUGCAUCGAUAAUCAGUAAAAGUGUGUGUGUGUGUGUGUGUUUGUGUUAUGAAUAUUUCACAUCAAUGUAUGCGCAUGAUUAAUUAAUUAACUUCCAUGACACUUCCAGCCAUUUCAGAGGAGUGAACACUUCUCUCCAAAGGGAACUGGAACCUUUUCCCGGCCUCAGACUGAGCAGACGGUGACUUUCUCCUAACAGGAGCAGCGUCCCUUGUCCAAACUUUCCAUGUAUUGUUGUAUUGUUGAUCCCGGAGGAAUUGAAUGAACACUCCAUUGUUUCAAAGCAGAAGCUGAAUCCCGUGGCCUGUUGAUUAGUCACAUUCUCUCACUGGUUGCACUUAAAGCUUUUUCCAUAAUAUGUUCGUAUCCCGAGGUACAGCUCAGUGAAACCACGCAGAGGACAGGUGGCCGUUAGAAUAGGACCAGAGGGUAACGGACCAUCAGGUCUUUAAACAAAUCCCAUUAUUUAUUUUUGUAUUUUAAAAGGAUUUUAUACUCUUAAGGGUUGAUACUUUGGACCUGGACGCAUGUUUAAACUGUAUUUGUUUUGUUACACGUUCACAAAUGUCUAUUUAUAAUGGAAAUAAAGAGAAUGGUUUGAUGUGGACGUUUGUGUAUCGAUGUCAUCUACUCACUGUUGCUAAGUUUCACAUUGUGCAUUUAAUUGAAUUAAAUGUAAU